AUGCCCCUGCCGCAGGGCAGGGAGCCCCGGCUGGGACAAGCCACCCUGUCCUCCCUGGUGACCCAGCACCCAGUCCCUGCUCAUGCUGCAGAGGAGGGCCGAGGCCGGCCGGGGUCCGAUAGGAAAAGGAAAUUUUUGGAGACUGACCUGGCCCACGACUCGGAAGAGCUCUUCCAGGAUCUCAGCCAGCUCCAAGAGGCCUGGCUAGCUGAAGCUCAGGUCCCCGAUGAUGAACAAUUUGUCCCAGAUUUCCAGUCUGACAACUUGGUCCUGCACGCCCCACCUCCGGCAAAGAUCAAGCGGGAGCUGCACAGCCCUUCCUCGGAGCUGUCAUCCUGCAGCCACGAGCAGGGUCUCUGUGCCGGCUACGGGGACAAGUGCCUCUACAACUGCUGUGCCUAUGACAGGAAGCCCCCUGCUGGGUUCAAGCCAUUAACGCCGCCUGCCACGCCAGUGUCUCCUGCACACCAGGGAUCGGCCCUGCCGCCACCAGCCCCAGCUGUGCAGGCAGCUGCCCAUGGGGCGGCCACGGCCCCACACCCACUGCAAGAGCAGAGGCAGCAGACCUUCGCCGUGCCGCGGCCGCCUCACCCGCAUGUGCACAUGCCAAAGAUGAUGUCUGAAAACGAAUACCCUGCAGAGCACAGAUUUCAGAGGCAACUGUCAGAGCCCUGCCACCCCUUCCCACCACAGCCUGGGGUCCCGGGGGACAGCCGCCCUGUCUACCACCGGCAGCUGUCAGAGCCCCUUGGCCCUGCUGCCCCCCACCCCCCUCAGGGAUUCAAGCAGGAGUACCAUGACCCACUCUACGAGCACAGUGGCCCCAGCCUGCCCGGCCCCCCCAGCCAUGGCUUCCAGCCCCCCAUGGGCAUCAAGCAGGAGCCCCGGGACUACUGCAUCGACUCAGGUGGGUGCAAGGGCCCUGUGCUCACUGAAGGUCUUUUCCCCCUAGGAUUUUCAUAUGAAAAGGACACGCGAUUGUAUUUUGAUGACACGUGUGUGGUACCAGAGAGGCUGGAGGGUAAAGUGAAGCAGGAGCCCACCCUGUACCGUGAGGGCCCUCCCUACCAGCGGCGUGGGUCCCUGCAGCUCUGGCAGUUCCUGGUCACCCUCCUGGACGACCCUGCCAAUGCCCACUUCAUCGCUUGGACUGGCCGGGGCAUGGAGUUCAAGCUGAUUGAGCCUGAGGAGGUAGCGCGACGCUGGGGCAUCCAGAAGAACCGGCCAGCCAUGAACUAUGACAAGCUCAGCCGCUCCCUGCGCUACUACUACGAGAAGGGCAUCAUGCAGAAGGUGGCUGGCGAGCGGUACGUCUAUAAGUUCGUCUGCGACCCUGAUGCCCUCUUUUCCAUGGCCUACCCCGACAACCAGCGCCCCUUCCUGAAGACGGAGCCUGACUGCCCGGUGCCUGAGGAGGAGACAGUGCCGCUGACACACUUUGAGGACAGCCCAGCGUACCUCCUGGAGAUGGAUCCCUGCGGCAGCCUUCCCUACGCGGAGGGCUUCGCUUACUGACUCAGCCAGCUGGCAGAGCCACGAGCACUAGCACAUCCACUUUGGGCAAAUACGGUUUUCUAAAGAAUAUUUUUUUGCUUUUCAUAAGGAAAAAAAAACCAAACCAACAAAUCACACGCGUGCACACACAAAUUGGAGGAAUCUAAAAUGCCCCCUGUGUGUCACCGCCGAAUUCCCACCCUUACUCUCCAAGGGCUAGUGCAUAGGACUGCCCGUGGCUGCCACCUCCUGUCAAGCAUUGGCGCAAUGUUUUGGGGUGACGGGAGCUAAAGAUGCAGUCUCUGACCCAGGCCCCAUUCCUCGCCAGCACUGUGAGGGCUGACAGCUUCAGCAAUGCCCCGGGACUGGGCUGAGCCAGUGUGGCCCCCUAGUGAAUUGUCAUGACAAUCUGCUUUGCAUCAAGCACGAUCUGCGUAGCUGCCUUGUGUGGUGGAAAGGGCUUUGAUUUGCACAGAGGAGGGAUGCGGGGGGGGUCAUCUGGGCCAGCACCCCAGGGCUGAUGUGCACAGCAUCCUACCCCAACCCUGAGGAGCCUCCUGCCUUCUUCCCGAACUGACUCUCCCUGCCCCACCCUCGUGAUAUAACCUGAUAUAAUAGUUUCCCAGCCCCACUGGGUCCUCUCUGUGCCCCUCUCACUCCUCCUCCCCAGCUCCGGCUGUGUGCCAUGGGUUGCAUUUCGGGGGAGGAGACCCUG